CCAGUCAGGCCGCUGCACGCUCGCUAAUGAGCAUAUCGUGCGAGCGUUAUCGUGCGAAGGAAACAGCUCGAUGAAUAAUAUCCACAAACGAGAAGUUACGAGAUCGUGCGAGAAUUCUGGAAGGGAUGACGUAGACUCCAUUUUCUCGCGCAUGCUCAGUUUUUGAGCAGCCAUGUUUGGCUGUUCUCCAUCGGGUCAUCAAACUCAAAGACAAAGCGUCGUUUUUUUUGGAGAUUCAAUUCUACGCAAUUUGGAGAAGAAUUUAUUAACAUUUGACAUACCUUAUCGAGCUACAGUUUACUGCUAUCCAGGAGCCACAAUCGCAAGUUUGAGAGAGAGCAUUAGAAAAGAAUUCGGGAAUACUUUUGAGCAUAGUACUUCACAUGUUGUAAUCCAUAUUGGAACUAAUAAUCUAUCACGUCUUCUGUGGGAACGAGAACGGAAACAUUUGACAUAUUUAUAUAGUACACUCACAGAGAUAUUUCGUUCUGCUUCAAUUUGCUUUUCUUGUAUUCUACCCCGCUGGGACUCUGAUGAACUUCAUUCUUUUUCAACUAUUUUUAAUGCUGGCCUUAAAGAACUUUGCUCGUCAUUACCAAACUGUGCUUAUUUAGAUUCAACCGACGACUUCCUUGAUAGUGUUUUGUUUUGUGCAGAUGGAAUUCAUUUGAACGGACCUGGAAAAUCUUUAUUGUCCUCCAUUUUUCAUUAUUUUUUGUUGAAUCGUUUUAAUUGUCUCCAGUCAUCAAAAGAGAGUUCGCAUACAAGAGUUUUUUGGACACCUCCGGAACUGAAGAAGUUGUAUACCCCUCAAAAGGAAAAAAAAAAGAAUGAUCAGUGCCAGUGGAAGGAAACAAAUUUAAAUCUUGUACUAUAUUUACGUCGAGAAAAGCGGUCUACCUAUUUCAACUUUGACAGACCAAGCAGGAAAAAGAAGAAAUGUAAAAGACCUAAGGAAGGAGAGGAGGGUUUCCUGCACCCUAGAUACACGGCAAAACGAUCUCCAACACCACCCGAGCUGCCACCACAUCAAUAUAUCCCAGAAAAAAUAAGAACAUACAUCCCGUAUAGAGCCCUCACUUAUAACAAUGUAUUCCAACUAUCAUCGUGUCAUCUACCAUCACCUGUAAAACCCUAUAUUAGGUGGAAACUGAGCAAAAAGCGUGCAAGGAGUGGGAGGAAAACCCAAUUAAAAAAACGUAGGAGAAAGGCGCAGAGAUGUACACAGGCCCUCAUAGAAGUUGUACGAAAUCCCCCCACAGGCUUCACAACCAGUCAUGUGACCCCUAGCCCUCCUCUUCCAAUUGAUCGCCCCCCUGAUCUUGAACGCAAGAUGCAACAUGGAAACAAGGUGCGGAGCUGUACACAGUCGUCCUUCCUACAACAUGUAGAAGAUCCCCCCACAGGCUUCACAACCAGUCAUGUGACCCCUAGCCCUCCUCCAACUGAUCGCCCCCCUGAUCUUGAACUCAAGAUGCAACCUGGAAACAAAGUGCGGAGCUGUACACAGUCGUCCUUCCUACAACAUGUAGAAGAUCCCCCCACAGGCUUCACAACCAGUCAUGUGACCCCUAGCCCUCCUCCAACUGAUCGCCCCCCUGAUCUUGACCUCAAGAUGCAACCUGGAAACAAAGUGCGGAGCUGUACACAGUCGUCCUUCCUACAACAUGUAGAAGAUCCCCCCACAGGCUUCACAACCAGUCAUGUGACCCCUAGCCCUCCUCCAACUGAUCGCCCCCCUGAUCUUGAACGCAAGAUGCAACCUGGAAAAAAAGUUAAGCAUUGUGAUGUUAUCACCAUGAGGGAUGAAGUAAAAACAUCAGCCUGUACAUCGCUGCUGGGGUGAAGGAUAAGUUGUCUCCUUGCCAGAAAGUUUCAUGUGGACCUUGUAAAAUUUGCAAUAAAUCAUCGCCUCAAUAUUAUCAUUUAUGUUCUAUGAAAUCUAAUGCCCUUGUGGCUAUCAUUACGGAACGUAACACCGAUAUUCAAAUGACAGACUGUAUUUGUAGUGGUUGCAGAACAAAAUAUGUUAGAAAAUUGAAAAACCCAAAAUACACUCCACAAAAGACACGUAAAAAAGAAAGAAGUAUAUGUUUUCUGUUCCAUUAUGACCGUUGUGUUGAUAAGUCAUUAAGAGAAAGUGAAUGUGAAUUAGAAUCAUUCAAUGCUGCAUUUUCUGUAGAAUGUACUUCACUUCCACGUACUAUACCUUUAUGCAUGAAACAUAGAUCUGAAUUGACACAUUUUGAGCAAUCUAGAAGUUAUCGUUCCUGUUCUGUCUGUGAAGCAUUACUGACUUCUGAUGACAAAACAUACACCUGUAAAGAUAUUCCUGAAAGUGAAUUGAAAAGAUUGUGUGAUAUAAAUGAAGACUUUUCAGGAACACAAGGUCACCAUAUAUGUAGACCAUGCUACAUGUAUCGUAUAAAGAAAAGUAGUGCUAAUAAAAUGUCACUUAAAAGUAUGGAAAGUUCGCUUCAGAGCCAUGUGCUUGCAUCAGAUUCGGACGAAGACUUGUUACUCAAAAUUCUAAAUGAUGUUUAUUUGUAUAUAUGUAGACUGUGUCUUGAGGAUGGUUAUUUUUUAUUCAUAACUGUUUAUGAAUAUUUUUCUGAUCUUGUCUUGAAAAUAUGUUGUGAUGCGCUGCAGUAUGACCGUGUAAGUAAAAGUCCAAUAUUUGUAAAGGGUAAGAUUAUACACCAGUUUGGCGAGCUUUUGAUUGUACAUAGAGAUGCUCGUAGGAGAGGAACAUUUUUUUACAGUGCAGAGAUGUCUCAUGAUGAUGUUAUACGUUCAUGGCAUAUUUUAGUUUCUAAAUUGAGAUCAUUACAAAUUGACAAGAAUAGUGCCCAAGAUGUGCCCGACAGACCAUCCUUUUCCUCUCAGUUUAGUUCAUCUUCAGAGGUGAACAUGCAGCUCCGAAAUGUUGUCAAUAACGGAAAUGAAUUUCUCCGUAAACAGGCGAAACACUUUACAUCGGAAUAUAUAACUAAUCCUUUAUCUGUCACUGAUUUUAACUUUGAGACUGCCUUAUCUAAUUUUCAUCCAUUUUUAUGGAACCUAGUUAGCAUUAUCACAGCAACUUUAGAAGAACUGCAGUAUUUUCGACAAUCUUCAAUUCAGUUAGACACUGAAUUCAUACAGUUUCCAUCUGAAGACACACAAGCAGGUUCCAAAAGAAAGCAGCGUAGAAUUGCAUGUUUAUUUCUUUUACAAUUUAUAAUGAAUGAUGAGAAUUAUUAUCCACUUCAUAUCAUUGUUGCCAAUUGUGUUAAGAAACUGUCCCAUUCGUCAAAACUACUUAAAAUUCUGAAUCAUGUAGGUUUUGCAUGUUCGGAGAGCACACUUGACAGAUUUCUGCAAGUAGUCCAUGACAGGCGUGUUGAGAGCGGUCCUCUUUCACAUUUAAAUCCAUAUGCAGUCACAUUUGUUUCUAUUGAUAACAUAGAUGUGCUAACUCCUUUUGCGCCUGUCACCAUUGAUAAAUCAAGGAGUUGGCACGGUACAUCUGUAAUGGCACAACAACCCAAACCCAGUACUAUCCAUUGGCACGAGAACGAAAAGCUUUCAGAUAUUAAUCCUGUCAGACCAUCCGUUAUUGAUGAAGCUGGUACCAGUUCUGCUACAAAAAAAAAACCAGUUGUCAGAAGAAGAUUAGCACAGCUUGACUCUCUUGAUAUUCCAGGUCCAUCUUUUUUUCAACCCCCUCGUUUCAAAACCUCAAUAAGGUCCCAGCUUUCUCUUGAACAUUUUUCAUUUUCUGCACAAGAUUCUAAACAGGAGAAAGAUAUGUACGAGAAAGCUCUCAUAUAUACUUUGGAAAGAUAUUUUUAUGUCUUAGAGAAUAAAUCUUCUGACCUACCCAGUUUCAAAUGCAAGUUGGCAUUGGAAGGCAAACAAGACAUAGAACAUUCAGAGUUUUCCUACAUGUAUGUACUAGAUGAGAAGGCAGACUGUCCAGACACUUUAAAGCGUACACUUGGCCUUCUGUAUGAAACCUUUAAAAUCAAUCGGUCGUUGAAUCAUUUAGUCAUUGCUGGUGAUGGCGCAACUGUACGUCUUCUGUUGAACUUGAAGUUAGAGUAUGGAGAUACACUUGAUUGGGUCAUACCCUUUUUGGGAGACUGGCACAUCCUUAAGAAUUUUCAAGAGGUCCUUAUGAAAAUCUAUUGGGAUGCUGGUUUGAAGGAUGUGGCCAGGUUAACCCACAAGCAAGCAACAUUGAAAAGCCUGGGCAACUGUACAAAUUUCAAACGCACUCACAGAUUUCUCUUACAAAUAUAUGAGGCUAUUUUUAUGUUGCAAGUUUCUAGUUUCCUGUCAUAUAGGAGUGACAAUGAUAUUGAUUUUACUAAAGAUAUCUUUUUGGAGAAAGUGAAAGAUGUUCUAGCUCAUGUACAUAUAGAUAUCAAUGCUGGCAAAUAUGUAGAUUGUGAUAAGUUUUUGGAAGCACAGCAGGUAUUUAUCACACAGUUUGUUCAACCAAUGCAGGACGAGUUUGUUUUAUUUUGUCAUGAAAUGUCGGAAAAGUUUGAAACAUUCAGGUUUUGGAACCAAUUUUUAGUUAAAGAUUGCCUAUGUUAUAUCAAUCAGUGGUUAGCAAUACGUACAGGAAACUGGAAUUUAAAAUUAUCAGCGCUUAAAUCAAUGGUACCGCUAUUCACUGCAUUUGAUAGGCAAAAUUAUUCAAAAUUGAUUCCACUUCAUUUACGUCAGUUAUAUUCUUUACCCGAAUACAUCUUAGAUCAUUUUGAGAGGGGUGCUUUUGUGUCAAGUCUCACUGGAAAGGAAUUUUCUCUGCUUGCAUUAGAUGAGACUCAUGAGACCACAAUUAAUAAAGAUGUUAAGACUUCAUUUUCACAACAUUUGCCUCAACAUGUAGAAAAAAUUAGUGCAACAUUACAGUGUCAGGCCAAAAUGGUGAAAAAUCUUGAAGAGCAAACGGGUAUUAAUAGAAAAGAUAUGUUUCAACGUGACCUCCAGAAAUCUGUCAUUAAUGCUGAAUUUGCCAAUGUCAAAGCAUACUUUCAAGUUUUGUGCAAUACCACAAUGUUUUCUCCUGUUCAGGAAAGUAAUCUAUAUCAUGUAUUUACUAAUGUUUCUGCCCAACCAGCACAGCAGAAAUGUCUUCUUGAGUUCAGGCAAUUAGGACAAGAUGCUUAUGAUGCCCUAUGCAAAAUUCAAAUGCUGAAUGACCCGUCAGUCAAGAAAACAGUUAUAAGAAAGUUUAGGUUGAAAACUUUUGCGAAAGAAAAAAUAAGAGCUAAGAAAAUUAAUGACUUAGAAAAAGAAAAACGUCUAAUUACACUGUGCUACAAAAGAACUAUUGCCUUUUCAGAGGAAAGGCGAGUGCCAAUAUCAAAUUUGGGACAGUUCGUUGAAAAGCCUCGUGCAAUUUGCUUGCCUAAUGGACUUCCCUACAAAGGAGCUAAAUCUGUUGUGUAUGAUCAAUUCGAAAAACGGUAUUCUUCAAAGUAUGAAAUAGUCAGCAAUUCCUGUGCCUUUCAUGACGGUGAUAUUAGUGCUAUAAUCGAGGGAAUGAAUAUAAUUUAUUCUUCCCCAUUGAAACAAUUCAAAACAUUCAAAGAAUAUGCAAACUUUUUAGCACGUAGGUGGAUAUACUCUUUUUUUCGAAAGGGGUACAAAGAAGUUCGUAUUCUUUUUGAUCAAUGCAAUACCCAGGGUAUAUCUCCUAAAGGUGUGGAGAGAGGCAGACGUGACGAGGGGAAGGAUAGUGGUGAUACUGAUGCUUAUGAAACAAUAACUGAUGAUAGUCCUUUGCCUGGAAACUGGAUGAAUUUUCUGAAAAAUAGACAAAACAAGCAUAUGCUUUGUAGGUACUUAUCUCGUGCAUUUGUUGACAUUGCUCCUCAGUAUUUUCAGGAUUCUAAGCAGUCAUUCAUUACAUCAGGAGGGUUCCAUGUUGGGCAACAAAUUAAUCAUGAGUGGACUGGGAUCAUAGUUAAUGAAAAUGGGGCAGAUGUACAUGAAAUUUUCCAUAAUCAUGAAGAAAGCGAUACACAAAUUUGGCUUCAUGUAGAUAAUACAACUUGUAACAAAAUUCUAAUUUAUUCGAUAGAUAGGGACAUAGGGAUUAUCGGUCUUCCUCUUAAUUUUGGCGAUAAGGAAAUAAUAAUUCAAUUCAGGGCUAGGGCAGGUGCAGAGAAGUUCCUUAAUCUGAAUACAUUGAAGUCAGCCUGUUCAUUGGAUCCAGACCUUGGUCUUGUUGUUACAAAUGAUAUAGACGUUAGUAAAUGCAUACAAACCCUUUAUAUUUGUUCAGGCUGUGAUUUUGUAUCUUACUUUGCACAUCUUGGUAAGGGAGCAUUUUUUAAGUCAUUUUUUCAAUAUGCCUCUUUCAUAACAGGGCAUCAAACACCCAGUACACCCGGAAACCUAACUAAUACAAUAUUCGAAACAGAUUCCCAUUUAGGCCUUUUAAGCUUUUAUCGUCUUAUCUUGUGUAUUUAUUUUAAUGCAAACAGAGCUUGUCUUCAUAAUUACAACUCUCCGAUUGAUCUUUUUAACAGUACGAGUGCUGAUUCUGUUGAAGAAGAGCACUCUAAAGCAUUAGAUAUUGUUAGAAAGGCAUCGUGGAAAGGUACAUAUGAAGAUCAGCUCUUGCCCUCUGAUGAGGCUCUACGGUUACAUUGGCUACGAAGCUGUUGGGUGAGCACUGUGUGGAGUACAGUUAGAAAACAAGAAUUUGAUUACCCUGACAUUUCAAAAUAUGGAUUUAAAGUGACUCAUAAUGAUGGAGACGUGGGUGUAGAAUUUGAAUGGGAUUCAAUUGAAAAUAUGCAACGUAUAAAAGAAAAUGUAUUGUACCUCACACGUGGUUGCAAUUGUUCUAAAAGUAAAUGUAGUAACCGUCAAUGUAAAUGUAGAAAAGUUAAUAAUCUUUGUGGUCCAGGGUGUAGAUGUAAAAAUUGUGAAAACAUAACACAUAUUCCUCCUGUAGAUACUGUAGAUACUGAUGAAGAUAUAGAUGAUGAAGAUAAUGAUGACAAUGAUGAUAAUGAUGAUAAUGAUGAUAAUGAUGAUAAUGAUGUUAAUGAUGUUAAUGAUGUUAAUGAUGUUAAUGAUGAAGACAUGUACAUGUAUAAUGUAUAUGAUAGUGAUGAUGGCAACGAGAACAACAUCUUACCAGAGUCUGAGAAUCCAGAAACUGAAUAUUUGAUGCAUAUAGCAUAACCUUGUUUACAAUUGUUUUGUAGCGAGGUUUACAGCUCUGAGCUUGUCUCAAGAAUUGUAUAUAUAGACUGGAAGGUACUGAAUGCCUGUAGAGGUGAGGUCAUGUUCUUGUAUUUUUGUCAUUUAUAUUUUUUUUAUGUAGCAAGUUACUUUUUCUUGCCAUGAACGAUAUGUUUCACAGUAUGAAUAGAUCACUCAGGAAUCGUUGACAUGUAUGAUUGUCUUGUAAAUAAAAAGGUUUAUGGGUUUUUCUCUGAAGUAAUGCAUGUAGACUCAUACUCGAUCCUCACAGUGCUAGUAGAUAUUCAUGCAUUUAUAGGUGAGCUCAUGUUGUGUUUUUUUAGUAGUAUGAUGCCAAAUAUUAUUUUGUUGGUCUUGCCAAUAUCUGAGCAUUAUGAUCGUUUUGUAGUGCAGAAAAAAUGCAAUACAUACAUGUACAUAAACAAAGGUCAUGAGAGGCUUUCAUUUUUACUUAACUGAACCUGUUUCAUUAGGUGAUACAGCUACAAUGUAUCGCAUGUGUCAGUGAUCUUGCUCAAAUUAUUAUUCUUGUGCUUGCCAUUGAUUUUUGUAUCUGUAUGUAAAAAUGUAAUAUAUGAGUUUAUACUUAUCUUCUGUAACUUUAACUUUGAAUCAUGUGUGUGAUAAAAAGAUUAUGCAUGAGAAUGUUGCUACUACCGGUAGUGAUCAUGUUCACCUUGCGGCCUGUGUUCUUUCAGCAUUUCUUUCUUUUGCUAAAUAUAGAGUUAUUGCUAAGUAUAGAAAACCACUUACCAGUAUGUAUUCAUCAUAUGUAUGAAUGCAACCAUGCAAACAAGUGUUAUGCACAAUACUUUUUAUCUGAUUUAAUGCUAUAUUUUGUUUGUAUUACAUAUUAUAUUCUUGUUUUUGUUAUAAUGGUUUAUGUUGAACACUUACUGUAUUCCUUGUACAGUCUUUCUAAUAUUAUGGCAAAAUGUAGCAUGUACAUUCAUGUUAUAACAUUCAUUGAUAACUCAGGAUUUUUGUAUUUUCAGUGCAUUAUUGCCUUAAACUAGCCAGUACUUUGUGUGUGUGGACUAGCUUAUGAAUAAUCAUUUCUGUAAACACAUGUAUUUUUUUUAACCUUGCCAAGCUGUCUCUUGUAUUCAAAGAGAAAUAAAAAAAUAAAAAAAUUGUUCAAAAGAAA